CUACUACGUACAUACAUACUCCACAUCACAACCACAAAAGUAACCACCAUCCCUCCCUAAGAUUCACCCUAUAUACCCAACUGACCACUUCCCAACAGACACCCAAGAACAAGAAAACAAUAGAAGCAACAUGCAUCUCUCCACCCUCCUCCUUCCCCUCCUCCCCACCGCCGCCCUCUCCGCAAUCUGCUACCCCGAGACCGGCGGCUCGAACUGCGCCUCCCUAAUCAGCAUCAAGGAAUUCUACUCCCUGCAAUACUGCCAGUACCGGUGGAACGUGCUCUACGGCGACUGGGACCACUUCGUCAACAACAUGACCAGCCCGACGAAGGUGCACGCCAGCGUCGGCAAGACUGGUGUGUUUGAUAGCUUCGAGGACUGUCUGAAUGGGUUUGAGGACGUCGUGGAAACAUGUCAUGGGGUUAGUCAGGGAGGUGUCAUGACAAAUGGGAACGUUAGCCUAAAUGUGCACUUUUGUGAUUGGUAAAUCCCCUCUCCAUCCCUGGCGGGGGAGGGGGUUGUGUCAUGAUUAUGAGUGAUG